CUUUUUUUAAUUCUUUUCCAAACUUUUGCACCUGUUAACGUAUAACUGUCUCCCGAGGAUCGAUCUCAACAUUGCAAAAGAAUGAGUGCUUCGGAUAGGAACAAUGGACCAAAGUGGAAAAGGGAGGUGGUACAGGAUCACAAAUUUGACUUUGUCGACCUCGAUGAAUUUUACGAUCCGUCAUGCAGAACGCAUAUUGGCCAUCUCUUUGUUUACGUCCUUGCCAUAAAGUCAUUUCUUGUCUACGUGGCCGAUUUAUGGUCUGGAGUCUCACUGCUUGUGAUUGGUCAUCAAGAUAACGUCGAUCCUGCCAUCCCCACCGAAGUGUCAAAAUGGGUUUUCUUGAGUGCCAUUAUCAUCUCUUUUAUUCUCCUGUUCUGGGAUGCCAUCAAAGCGCGGCGUAUUAUUGCUUCUCGUGAUAUUGCCUAUGCAUUUACCUCGGUGAUGGUGAAUCGUUAUUAUUCAAUCAAAGACUAUCAGUACUACUGUCUGUUUACGCGCAUCAGUCGAUCACGCAAAACGAGUGAUGAUUUAGCCUUUUUCAUCUUUUUUACUCUGAAAGGCUGGAAACGAUUACUGCUUGCUGAAGCCCCGCGUCAAAUCAUUAACGUUGUGACCCUACAAUCUCUCAUUCCCCAAUGGAUCGAACUGAACCAAGGCAAAGUUACUUUGCAUAAUACAGUCCUUGGCCACAGCAUUGUCCAGCAGCUUAUGACAGGCACUAUGUUAUUCUCGGUCAUCGUGUUCGCCAUUUCAUUUAUUCUUGUGCUGGCAGCGGCUGUCUUGUAUAUCCCCUUAUUAUGCCAUAUCCGAGGCAAUCUCAAAGAGUAUUGCUGUCAUAAAGUAGAUAAAAGAAUUGCCGAAAUAUUAAAGCAGCAGGCACGCCGACGAUUGGAGCGCGGGCAGAAAGGACUAUCACCGCAAAAUCGCAAAAAGGCCAAGCAAUUGGAAGCCGAUGUCUUACCAGAGCCGACCCUACCUCAACUGGAUAUUGACAACGAGGCUGAAAUCAACUCAAGCUUCAUUCCCCUCAAGCAUGCUGGCCUACGAGAAGAUAGUAUUAACAGUAUGCCAAUGUCAACAUCCCAAUAUGAUAUGAGCAUCGCCGAUGAUCGUACCGGGCUUAUAUCUCAUGCUCAGACGCAACCGAUGUGGUCCAAUAGAUACGAAGAAAAAGCGGCGUAUCAAGAUUAUUAUGAGUUACAACGUCCUACCAACAACCACGCUACUAUGGCUUAUCCUUGGACUUCCAAUCGAUCCAUCUCUUUUGGGGAAUCCACACUUGUGAACUCUAAUGUGGCCUCGCCCGUGUACGAAUAUCCACCUUCUGUGGUAUCUUCCUCAGAUCAAGGUUCCUACUAUGUGCCCCCCACACCGGGAGCUAGGCAACAUGCAACCCGCGGAUAUAGUCCUUAUUUACGGCAGCAGUAAAUAACUGAGCGGGAUAACUCAUAAUAUGCUCGCUGGAAGAUCAUAUAAGAAGACUGUCAAAACUAUGUAAAUGUUAUAAAUUUAUACAGCACAAUAUAUCGUGUAGUAGAAUAAAAGAGCAGUGAGUUGCCU